AUGAAAGUCUUGAAAACAGAGGAGUACGUCCAACGGCUGGCCAGUUUAAAAGAGACUAAUAUCCUUUGUGACGAGUUGGAGAGGUUAGUUACGGAUGGCCCCGGUCUCUACAGUCGGACGGUAUGCGAUCGGGUUCUCCGGGCAUGUAACCAGAAGCUCAGUAGCGGAGUGGCAGACGGCCAGUGCCGGCAGCGGCUCGUAGCGCUCGUGGAGCUGGCCGUGCAGGGCUACGAACUGGGAGGGCCGCCCGGGGCCCGGAGCAGUCCCCUUUACCUGGAGAAGAUCGUCUUCCACAUCCUUCAGAAACUGGCCAAUCAGAGAGCAUUUGGCCUCGCCAACAGACUGGGGCAGCUGCUUCACAACAAAUUACAGCACUCGUCUGCCGAGACUGAAGAUUUCCGUUUGUUGGUGCGUAACUGUUUUGCCGUUCUGUGGAACAGUCUGCUCUCACAGGCUCCCUCCUCUGACCCUAAAGGUCGCCUGAGCUGGCAGCUGGGUGCCCUGAGCUUUCGUCUGCUGGAGGAGGGGUCAGCCUCGUCCCCGUCCCUCUCUAAAACGCCCCUCUUUGUGGAGGAAGCCCUGACCGAGUUUGAGCGAGCAGGUGGGGCCGCCCUGACGGAGGACGACUCCGACUUUCUGAUUUCAGAAUUACGCUCGCGUCUCUUUGUCUGUCUCACGAUUCGGAGGGGGACAGGGAGCGCCCCUGUAGCCUGCUCCUCGGCUGCCGUGGUGUCUGAGAUUGUUCUGAAGGUUUGCAGGCUGCUGUGUAAGGCUCAUUUCUGGUCUAAAGCCUGUGAGCUGGUGGAGGGGCUUCAGGAGAAGUUUGCAGGGCUUGGCAGCGGCUCUUCCCCGGCUCUGGUGCUCUGCGAUCGGGCGGUGAAGCUGCAUCGCUCCCUGAGCUCUGGAGAGGAGUGCGGACAGGUUUUCACUGACUGUGCCAGGCUCCUGAGGUCUCUGUCUGAGCCCAUGGGCGAUUUUGAGCGUCAUGCCGUACUAGAGGCAUGUCAGCUGGUCGUCUGGGCGACGGAGGCGGGGCAGAGCAAAGGAAUGGGAGGGGCAACGCUCUUGGCCUGGUUCUCAUUCCUGGAGGAACAUCAGGAGCUGCUGCUUAAGACACAAAAGGAUUUGUUCUCCCAGCAACAGCAGUACUCUCUGUGUUUCAGUCUGUAUCAAGGUUUCAUCAGUGCUCACAACAGUCUACAGCAUGCAGAGGUACGUGUUGGACAGUAUAUGGACAGGGUGGUGCUGUACUGUCAGUCUACAGUGGGGCGGUUGAUGAAUGAGCUGCGUCGACUGAAUAAUGAAAAUUUUCUUCUCAAAUCAGUGAGUGGAGUGAACAGUGUGGUGUAUGAGUUUUUUAACAGGAAGUUAUACUCUCAGGCCUUGAGUCUGGCUGAGGUGAUGUGUCAGGAAUUGUGCAGAGACUGCCCUGUGUCACUGCCCCUGGACAGAGUGAACCGCUGUUUCAUGCUUGUGGUGCAGUGCAGCAGGCGUAGUGGGGAGUUUGAGAAAGCCCUAGACUGGGUGGUGCGCUGGAUUCAGGUUCUAGGUGUCAGAGUUCUCGACCACCUGACAGAACCCGUCUCACUGUGGGUCAGAACUAAGGCAGACGCUGCCCGGGCUGGAGAUGACGAUACACGGCUUAGGACUCUGCGUGACGGCAUGGGGCCGUGCGCUGAGGAGGAGGUGCUGCUGCGUCUGCUGGAGGAGGAGCUGAGGGUGUAUAAGGAGCAGGCGUGUGACACUGCACAGGAGCGGUAUAACACACUGUGUGACCUCCUGGAGCUGUGCCCUGAGCACACCACACACACUCUCCGUCGAGCCGCGUACCUGUGGGAGAUGGCACAGGUCGUCUGUUACCAAGACUUCAGCCAGCAGACAGACUGUUCUGCUGUGGACUUUGCCCAUGAGGCUUUGAGGUUGUUGGAGGCAGAGCCAGAGACAGAGGAGAAUGCUGAUAGGCUGAAGGACGAGAGGGCUCAUGCUUCUCUCUGGCUGUACAUAUGUACACUGGAGGCCAACCUACAGGAGGCCCUGCAGACAGAGCAGCGGUUGCGUGCUGUACAGGAGCAGAAUAAAGGAGUGAAUCUGGAGCCUGUUCCCACUAAUGACCUGGAAUAUGAAAACAAACACACUCAACGCGACAGUCAGUUAGUGUAUGAGGGACUGUGCUUCAAUCUCACUGCACACAACAAGCUGUGUGAACCCUUGGACAGGUCUCUGAGUGUUUGGGCUGCACUGUUAAAGCGAGGGGACGUCCCUGCUGUCAGAAACCCCAAACAGACCUCCUCAUCUCUGUCCCUCAUGGCCUCCCUCUACUCACUGAUGGGAAAGCCUCUGCAGGCUCUGGAGGGGUACCAGCUGUCGGUGGGUGUGUCCCGUUGCCUUGGAGAUGCCCAGAGCAGUGCCAACACUCUGUGCUUGUCUGCCAGACUGCUGCUGGAGCUGGGCUGUCCUGAGCUAGCACAGGUUCAUCUGGAGCAGGCAGAGCACUGUUUGACCUCUAACCCUGGCUCUGAGGGUGUGUCUGUCAUCUCCAUGACAACAAAGCUGCUGAGAGCUCAGAUCUGCCUCAGUAUGGGAGAGGUGGAGCGCGGCGUGGAGAGUCUGUGUGAUGUGUUGACUGUCAGUGCAGAGCGUCACUCUAAGAGCUGGUACCUGCUGAGAGCAAGAGCCCUACAGACAGGAAGUGACUUUCUCCACCUGGACACACACACACUGAGCACAGAGCUGCGACAGAGAAUCACACGGCACGGUCUGAUGACUCCAGACACAGCGCAGUAUGAAGGACUGAAGUUGCUGUGCAGUUUGGUCAUGAUGUUGCUUGGCAACGGUUUCUAUGGAGCUCCUGGUCCAAACACUGACACUCGCUUCGUCGAUCAGGGUGACAGUGUGCUGUUUAAGUGUGUGUUGCUGAGGGAGGUGCUGGUGUGUUCAGCGCGGCUUGUGUGUGUGCGGAGCAGCAGUGGAGCGGUGCACGAGGCCAAAGUCCAGUGUGUGGAGGCCCUGAAACUCGCCACUAAACUACACACGCUCAGCCACUGUGUGGAGCUGUUGGUGCUGAAGGCUGAGUUGGAAUACCUGAAGGGCAACACUGAUGCCAGCACCCUGGACCUGGAGCAGGUGACAGACUUAUUGGAGCUUGACACAGACUUCUGCGUGCAGCGGCAGAGGAAGACUCAGAUGAAGAUUAAACCUCGUAAAGGACGCCCUGCCGACGUUCCCGCUCUCUCAGGGGGCGGUGCCAAAGACGAAGAAGAGGAGGAGCUUAGUGACAUCCUGAGCUCUCGUUCUCUGGGGCGAGAGCCUGUGGAGGGUGUGGCUGAGCAGGUGGAGCAUGCCUCGUCCCCGCCCCUAAAACCCAAACGGCGACGUUGGUUGGCCUGUCUGACGCACGGUGACCGGUGCGCCUGCCCCUGCUGCACCGAGCCUGCUUUGGCCCGGGUCAGCGUCCUGUGGGCGCUAACGCAAGCCCAGCUGGCACCGGAUUAUGCCCGUCGUCUGCGCCACCUGGCUUUACAGAGAUGCCAAGCGGUCACUGCCACGCUCUGUGCCCGUCUGGCAUCUGUAAUGUCCCUAAAAGAGCGCCCUCCAGUGCCCAGGCUGCUCCGGACAGAGGUGGGCAGGGUGUAUGUGGGCCUUGCCCAGGCAGUUUUGGAGACGGGGUCGGAGGAGAAAGCGGGCCUGGGGGUGUGGGAGCUGUUGCGGGCCGGCCUCGAGGCCGUGAGCCCGGAGAGGGGGCUGUGUGGGAGUCUAGGGCCCGUGAGGGCGGCGCUGCUGGUGGCUGAAGCGUUGGCCUGCUGCUUCGCUCUGUCAGCGAAGAGAUGCUGUCGACUGGAGGACCUGUUUUCCGACGCCUGGGCCUGGAACAAACCGGCGUCUGGGAACCAAACACGUCUGAAAUCAAAAUUAGAGCCACGGGACAAAGACCCCAGUUCUUCUACUAAAGUUCCCCAACACGCCAAGAAAGAUUCCUCCACAGUCACGGAACAAGAUUGCAGGAAAACCAAAAACCUCUCCAGUAAGAAACCCAGAGAUUCCAGUAAGAAAUCCAGAGAUUCUGUUGCCAAAGUUGCUGUGACUCUCCCAGGGUCCAAACCCACCGUGAUCUUCAAAACACCUCGCGCAACCAGUGCGCCCCAGCCCAAACCUGUUGCCAUAGCAACAGGGGGGAGGAACUUGAGCGCUUUCGACUUCCUUAGCGACGGGCAGGACAUCCCGAUGCCCUUCACUCCUGCGCAGAAGACUUCUGCACGACGGGGAGCUCCUGGGUCAAAGGUCGCCCCAAAGGGCGCGUUCCAAGUGUUUGAAGAGUUGUCACCUACGCAAGAGAAAGUCAUGAAUGUUCCAGCUGCACCAAAACGCACGAAACGUUCACGAUUUAAGGUUGAAUUUAGUGAUGAGAGUGACUCUGAGGCUCGAGCGCCCUCUGCUGUGACGGAGGAGAACUACACCUGCGCGACUCCCAAACCCAACCCUCCACAGCCCCACGUCACCCCCACGACACAGCCCACCAGGAGAACGGGGCGGGGCAAGAGGAGCACUGCCCUCCCUUCUGUCAGCGGCCAGUCUUCUGGGGAAGAGGGGGGCGUGGUUUGUCAGCAGCCACGCCCCCGGAGGGGCAGGUCGAGGAAAGCUCAAAGUUCAGAUGCGUUGGAGGAGCCAGAGAGGAUGAGGAUGAUCAGAGAGGAUGAAGAUGAGGGAGGUCUGGAUACCAGCCUGGAGCAGCUGACGGAGUCUGUCUCUGAGACACAGGAAGCAGACGCCCCUGAGGCUGAUUUCGAGGUCCUGAGGAGAGACAUGAGGGCAGAUUUAGGACUGAGCUGCAUUAAUGAGCUGAAGAGGGAGGGGUCAGUGGGCGGAGCUCUACAGUCAUCCCUCCACCAGCCUAACACAGGACCAGCUGACCUGUCUCUAGAAGCUGUGCAGUCUUCUCUCCGCUCUGCCUGGCUCCUGCUCCAUCAUUUCCCGCCUCCUUCCCUCUACCCCCGCCUCUGCUCCCUGCUCAGCCAAUCACUGGGCCACAUGGAUCCAGUCACCACGGCUAUGCUGCACGUCCAGUCAUUAGGCGUUUCCACGCGACAUCACGUAACCCGACACCUGGCCAGUCGACUCAGGAAGUUGAGAAAGGCAGAUGUGCUGGAGGGGCUGAGUGCUCUGAGUCUGGAGGAGUCGUCUGCGCAGUCGCAGUCAGGAGAGCUGCAGAAGCUGUCUGCCCUGGAGAACAUUUACGCCUUCACUGCAGCUGCAGAGAUGCGCACACACACCCUGCAGUUUACACAACAGCUCAACAACCUGCCUACAGGUGUGACUGUGUGUCUGUUGUCUGUGUUGGAGCUGUAUCCUGGUGAAAUCGGUGAGACCCUUCUGCUGACCAGACUUGAGAGAGACUCCGCCCCCAUCACAGUGCGAAUUUCCACACCACACCAACAGCCCUCGGUGGUGACUCUGCUGGAUGAGCUGAAUGAGGUGAUGAGGGAGCAGAGGGAGGUGAGUGGAGUGGUGGAGAAGGUGCAGUGGUGGGAGGGGAGGAAAGCCCUGGAUGUUCGCAUGCAGAGAUUACUGGAGCAGAUGGAGGAAACUUUAGGGGUGUGGCGAACAUUACUUCUCCCUUUGACCUCUGACCCUGAGCUGGAGGUUCAGCUUAAAGGCCUUCAGCCCACACUGACAAAAACACGCCUCACUCAGGACAUGCUGAAGGUGGUUUUGUCAGCGUCUCCUCUGCUUUCGCUCUCAGAUUUACAGUCCCUGGUGGAGGGGGCGUGUCUGGGUGCAGACUUCCUGUCACUCUUACAGGGGGGCGUGUCUGCUCUAAAGGGGAGGGAGGAGCCUCAGGGACACACAGUUCUCAUACUGGACAAGUAUCUCCAGCGGUUGCCAUGGGAAAACAUCUGUUGUCUGAAACAUCGCUCUGUGACGCGCAUGCCCUCUCUCCAGGCUGUACUGGGACACACUCAUCUACAACAGGUUGACGGUGGGGGUGUGCUGUCCCGUGGAGUGGACCCACAGCAGGUCUACUAUGUGUUAAACCCAGAUAACAACCUGCCUGAUACACAGCAGCGCUUCCAAGACUGGUUCACCAGUGAGCAGGCGUGGCAGGGAGUGUGUGGGACGGCCCCCGAUCCUGAUAAACUACAGGAAGCUGUGACGACUAAGGAUCUGUACAUUUACGUGGGUCAUGGUGCAGGGGCUCGUUUCCUUGACGCCCAGCGGGUGUUGAAGGGGGGUGUGCGGGCAGCUGCCCUGCUCUUCGGCUGUAGCAGUGCUGCUCUCAGUGUACAGGGUGAACUGGAGGGCACUGGGAUAGUCCUCAGCUACCUGACUGCUGGCUGUCCUCUGGUUUUGGGGAACCUGUGGGAUGUGACUGAUCGUGACAUCGAUCGUUUCACUGCUGCGCUUCUGCGUUCCUGGCUCUCCGCCCCCUCAGGCUCCUCCCUCCUUCAGCACAUCGCCCAAUCACGCGACUCCACACGCCUCAGACACAUGAUUGGCGCUGCACCGAUUGCCUACGGGCUGCCCGUGUACCUGCGGUAG